UUGUGCGCGUGUGUGCCCGCCCAUUUCAAUGUGUAACUCCCACAUUUACUCCCACAAAUCGCCUUGACUUGCAUUUACACAUAAAAGUGUUUCAUUCUGCAUCAUGAAAAUCUGAUCAUAUGUAGUUUAGAAGUCUGUGAUUUGGGGUUGGAGCAGGGCUGGGAUGGCCUCUAAACUAUUAGACAGAUUUCGUCGUACGUUAUUUAAGGAAGGAGAGCUUCCUUCUGAGGCGGACAGAAAGGACGACUUUCCAGAAAGUUCAGAGCUUGAGGACGACACAGACUGCAUCUCGACCAGGCUCAGCGGUACCCUGUGCUUUGAGGGCGAUGCGGUUCUUGAAUCUGAGGAUGCUGGCGAUGGAUCAGGACCGGACAGCGAUUCAGACUUUUUCGGGGAAUCUCUGGAUAAUGCCUGUAGCAGCACAGAUGCAAGCCCCAUGGGUCCUUCCCUAAAAGGCUCAAAUAUAAUUACCAGACAACUACAAGAAAACUGGCGAGCCUCAAGAACUCGCAUAAUUCCCGAAAAACUCCUUUUUGAAGUGACUGACGCAAGUGUUGUCCAUGACACAAAUUCCAAGUAUGUGCUCUACACUCUUCACGUCAUCCAUUCUGGCAUGUUCGACAAAACUCCCGCUGUCAUCACGCGCCGCUACUCCGACUUCGAACGACUUCACAGCCGCCUACGUCGCCGUCACGGGGACGAGAUGGACGGCGUUUACUUUCCCCGCAAGAAGCUGCGCAAAAACUUUGUCGCCGAGACCAUAGCCAAGCGCAGCCGGGCGUUUGAGCAAUACUUGUCCCACCUUCGCUCCCUUCCCGAAAUACGCUCCACGCCCACUUUUCUGGAGUUCUUCUAUCUGGGUGAUCUGCGCGCAGGCCAGAUGUUGAUGCGAGUGGGACGUUACCAAGAAGCCCUGGGUUCGCUUCUCAACGCUCUAAGACUCCAGGAGAAGUUAGGAUGUCAUCAACUCCUGCAGCAAAACCAUUUCCAGAGGGUUCAUUGGUUCUUUACGCUCUCCGCCUUGGUCAUCUGCUUCCAGGAAGCUGAACAACUUAAUGAGGCUCAGGAACAUUGUGACCGAGCCCUGCAGGAUCUAGCGCCCUCCCCGGAGGCCUUGCAGCAACACCAGUUGCAUCCUCUGCUCAUCCCUCUUCUCCAGUCCAACGUUAGGCUGUCGUGGAAGAUCUCCAAGGACAAGAGGCGCUGGGAGGCUCUACUGCAGGAGAUCCAGGACCAGGGGAUUGAUGUUGGGAAUCAACCCAACCUUAAGGAAUAUUUGAUUAAUGAAAUCAUUGAGGACAGUGAGGGGGCAGGUAGGGCUAAAUCCAAAAGUGAAGAUGCCUCAUAAGCAGCAGUUAGGUGUAGGAUGUUAGGGAUUAUUAACGGGAAGUUUAGGAGUGUUUAAGGGAGGUUUUGAAAGCAAUAUGUGUGAAAGUGUGCUAAGGAAUUCUGUGAAAAUAUGUAAUGCACAAGUCACCGAGAACAAUCGCUUUGAAGCAGGCACAACUUUCAUGAGCACAUUUCAAUCGCUGUAGUACUUUUAUUUUUAACAUUUUUAGGAGGAUUUUGUUGAAUAUUUGAACCACUAGGAUGCAGUUGCAUAUGUUUUAUUUUAGCCUUUAACUACAAUGAUAGCACUAAAACCUGCCAUAUUUUUGACACCACUAAUAUUCAUUGCUUUAGAUGCACAUAUUUGAAACCCAUCCAGUUAGGGAUGUCGGAUGGGCUUCUAAAAUACAUUUGUUUACAUUAAGCUGCUUUACUAACUAUCAAUUAAGUGAAGGAAAUGAAUCUUGCCUUAAAGGAAAUAACCAUUGCAUGAAUUCUAGAUCACAGCUGCACAUUAAAGCAAUGUAUACAUGCAGUAUAUAACACUAGACUUGCAUUUCCUUAAAACAGAUUUUUAUAAUGCAGAAUAUCCCUGGAUGACCCAUAUAUAUGUAAUUUGACCUUAUUGAAUUUGAUAUUUUAGAAAGCUAUAUGAAUCCAUCAGUUUUUAAUGCAUAAGUCUAAAUAAUAAUUUGUAUAGCACCUAAAGCAUGGCACACAACUGAUUCACUUACUAGAUUUUAACUUGAACAUAUUUAUGCAUUUAUUUAUUGUUGUUAAAUAGAAGAGAUGAAUCAUUAAAGUUACUUCAAUCAUCCAAGGUAUAUACAUUGGCAUUAUACCCAUUUUUAACAAAUCGCCGCAUUCACUGCUUUUAGUAAUUGCAGGGUUUUUUAAGCUUUGGUGUACUGAAAUUUUGAAUUGAUAUCACACUAGGUCAACAUACUUUUCACAGAUAUAGUAUUUUGCACUGCACUUUGCUAAUGGGAAAAUGUCAUUUGUUUAACGUUUUGCUCUCCUUUCAAUUCUUCGGAUUAAAGUGCAGAGACAAGCAGCAUGUCUGGAGAGUACUGUGCGGUCUACUUUAUUAAUUGUUAAAUAAGGAGAGCCGAGUAAUGGUGAAUGUCCUUUAAUAACUACAUGUACAGUUGAGCAUAUAUUUUAUUAUACUAUAUUAAUAAAUGCAAUUCUUUGAAAAGGG